UCACUUCCGCCCCGACCGGGAUCCAAGAUGGCCGCGCUCUUGUUGAGACACAUUGGCCGCCACUGUCUCCGAGCUCAUGUCGGGCCCCGGCUCUGCAUCCAGAAUGGGGCGGCCAUGGGCACCACCGCCAAGGAGGAGAUGGAGAGGUUCUGGAAGAAGAACACAGGUUCCAACCGCCCCAUGUCCCCACACAUCACCAUCUACAGCUGGUCCCUGCCUAUGAUGAUGUCCAUCUGUCACCGUGGCACCGGCAUUGCCCUGAGUGCAGGUGUCUCCCUGUUUGGCCUCUCAGCUCUGCUGGUCCCAGGGAACUUUGAGUCCCACCUGGAGCUAGUCAAGUCCCUGUACCUGGGCCCAGCCCUGGUCCACAGCGCCAAGUUCGCCCUGGCCUUCCCACUCAUGUACCACACCUGGAACGGCGUGCGCCACCUCAUGUGGGACCUGGGCAAAGGCCUGAAGAUCCCACAACUCUACCAGUCUGGGGUGCUGGUCUUGGUCCUGACAGUGCUGACCUCUGCAGGGCUGGCGGCCCUAUGAGAGGCUGCGGCCCCUGUGCCGUCCCGGAGGCCCGGCCGACCACGCUCUCUGCCUGCCCCUUUCCUCACAGUCCUGUGCCAUGCUUCCAUCUGAGCUGAGCUUGCAGGAGCCCCAGUCCCCUCCUUCCCCCAGCCCCUGCUGUGUUUUUAACACAGGCAGCUUCCUGUCUCAUUAGUGGGCUCGGGGCCUGCUCCCCUUGCUGCUGGUUCCAGGACCACUGCACCCAUAGUUCAAGUGAUGUGGAGGGACAGGGCGCUGGAGAGCAGCUAGGUAGCUGGAUAGCAGAGGAAGACCCAGAAAAUUAUUGUGGACUAUUCCAGAUUCAUUUCCUUCAAGAUGAGCCUCACCCUUUCUAAUCCUGCAUCUUGUGCUGGAAACCGAAUUAAAUACUAAUUCGUCUUUGA